AAGUUUGGAGUGAAAUCAAAACAACAAGCAUUCGUUCGGUGGCGGUUCUCCCGCGGCAACAAGAAAAAAUCGCAAAAUGCAGAAGCAAGUGGCCACCCUCCAGACCAGGAAGCCGCUGUUCGGUCAGCUGGUGAUCGGUCCUCCGGGCUCGGGCAAAACCAGCUACUGCAGUCGAAUGAAGACGUUUCUCGGCAAGCUGGAACGCGAAGUGACCGUAGUUAAUCUGGAUCCGGCCAACGAUAACAUGGAGUACGAAAGUGCCAUCGAUAUUAUGCAGCUCGUAACGGUGCAGGACGUGAUGGAGCAGUUCGGGCUGGGGCCAAACGGAGCGUUGAUUUACUGCAUGGAGUUCCUGGAGGCCAAUUUCGGAUGGCUGCUGGAACAGCUGAAGGCGAGCAGUUGUAAGUACUUUAUCUUUGAUUGCCCGGGGCAGGUUGAGCUGUACACGCACCACAAUGCUAUGCGGAAUAUAUUCGAGAAGCUGGACCAGUUGGGUUACCGCCUGUGUACGGUUCACCUCGUAGAAUCGCAUCACUGCUCGGAACCGCACAAGUUCAUCUCGACACUGCUGUUGUCCCUGCACACGAUGCUACAGAUGGGUCUGCCCCACGUAAAUGUCCUCAGCAAGGCCGACCUGUUGAAGGAGUAUGAAUCCAAGCUGGCCUUCAACGUCGAGUAUUACACCGAGGUUCUGGAUCUAAACUAUCUGCUCGAGUGCAUUGAACACUCGUCAAUCGGGGGAAUAAACAGGACCAAGUACAAAAAGCUGGACGCGGCCAUCGUGUCCAUGGUGGAGGACUACGGUCUUGUGUCGUUCCAUUUGCUAGACUCAAACAAGGACGAGAGUCUGCUGCGCCUUAAGAAUGCCGUAGACAAAGCUAACGGGUACGUGUACGGAGCCGGAGAAGAACAAAACGUGAACACGCUGCUGGCAUGCGCCGUAGGCGCAGAAACGCAGACCGAACGGAUGGAACGCGACGUAGAUCCAUAUCGGAGUUAGGGCUUUCGGAAUUAAAUUCUUAAUUUGCAAAAAAAAACUUCUCCCAA